GCACUUCAGUGGUGACUGCGCUGAGUUGGUGAAGCCGGAAGUGUCGGCUGCUGCAGGGGGAAGAUGCCGGCGGUGCCGCUGCUGGUGAAUGUCGGGUUGUCGCUGCUGGGCGGCCUGGCUACAGCUGCUCUCAUCCCGGCUUUCCAGGACCACUUCAUCGCGGCCAGACUGUGCGGGAGAGACCUGAACAAGAAGGAGAAGAAGGAGAUCCCAGAGUCUCUAGGAGUGAUCAGCGGCGCCGUGUUCCUGCUCAUCCUCUUCUUCUUCAUCCCUGUGCCGUUUCUCAGCUGCUUCAUUGAAGAGAAGUGUAAAGAGUUCCCACAUCAUGAGUUAGUUGCUCUGAUCGGAUCUCUACUUGCCAUUUGUUGUAUGAUUUUUCUCGGCUUCGCCGAUGAUGUCCUGAGUCUACGCUGGCGACAUAAACUGCUCUUGCCCACAGCAGCAUCGCUGCCAUUACUAAUGGUCUACUUCACUACUUUUGGUAACACUACCAUCGUGGUGCCCAAACCCUUCAGGCCAAUUCUCGGGCUUCAUGUGGACUUGAGUCUCCUGUAUUAUGUGUACAUGGGGAUGCUGGCAGUAUUUUGUACUAAUGCCAUCAACAUCCUGGCAGGAAUCAAUGGUUUAGAGGCCGGUCAGUCGUUGGUCAUUGCUGGUUCCAUAAUAAUCUUUAAUAUUGCAGAACUGAAUGGUGACUGCCGUGAUGACCAUCUCUUUUCGCUCUACCUUAUUAUUCCUUUCUUUUUCACCACAUUGGGCUUGCUGUACCAUAACUGGUAUCCUUCCAGAGUCUUUGUUGGCGAUACGUUUUGUUACUUUGCCGGUAUGACGUUUGCUGUGGUCGGCAUCAUUGGACACUUUAGUAAAACCAUGCUGCUAUUCUUCAUUCCCCAAGUGCUGAACUUCUUAUAUUCAUUGCCACAGUUACUGAAUAUAAUCCCGUGUCCUCGUCAUCGCCUACCAAGGUUUGACCCCAGCACAGGAAUGCUGAAUAUGAGCUACUCUAAAUUCAAGGCAAAAGAUCUGUCAGAAAUUGGAGCUCUUUUUAUAAAGGUUGCUGAAGCUCUUCACGUGGUUGAUGUCAGACACCAGGUGGGUGACACAGAAUUCAUGGAGAUCAGUAAUCUCACCCUGAUAAACUUUGUGCUGAAGAUUAUUGGGCCAACGAAAGAGAAAAACCUCACGCUGCUCUUACUUAUGAUCCAGGUUCUAGGAAGCGGCUGCGCCUUCUUAAUCCGGUACCAGUUGGUUCGGCUCUUCUACGAUGUGUGACAUCCAGCACGGACUGUACUUGAAUGGUUCCCAGUGAUCUUGCUGUUUCUUUACAGCCGUCCCUAGGAUAUGACCGACUGGUGACUUUUGUCGGAGAAGCGAUCACACAGUUAAAAGUGGGGUCCAUCCUCCUUUUUUGCAGCUAUGCACUUAACAUUUUUGGUGUACCCGGAGCGGGUGCUAGUACGUUGGCCAAGUUGUUUUGAAGGAACUAAAGCAGGAUAUUUGUUCAUUGUAAAAUAUUAAAAGGUUUAUGUUUUUAUUGAA